AUGGUUAGGUUUACUAUUAAUGGUGCGAACUCAACGAUAGACGGUCUCUCCAGUCUAACACAUCCAGGUGUUUCGAUUUCCGAACCAAAGGGAGUAAAUCGAGAAACAUGUGUUCGAGUGUUCGUUCGUCAACUUCUUCUGGCUCUCAAACACAUGCAUGAUCUGAGAAUUGCUCAUUUGGAUCUUCGUCCGGAAACUAUUCUUCUCCAGGAUGACAAAUUGAAAUUGGCAGACUUCGGACAAGCUCGGCGACUGCUUCGUGGAUUGAUCACAGGAGAAAUCAAAGGAUCACCAGAAUUCGUGAGUCCCGAAAUUGUCAGAAGUUAUCCAUUGACACUGGCAACCGACAUGUGGAGCACUGGAGUCUUGACCUAUGUGUUAUUGACUGGAUUAUCACCUUUCCAUGGGGAUAAUGACAAUGAAACUCUGUCAAAUGUGGAUCGUUGUCAUUUUGAUUCAUCUCCCCUCGGAAACUUCUCUUAUGAUGCUGGAGAUUUCGUACAAAAACUUUUGUUAGAGAUUCCAGCUCACCGUUUGACAGUCGAUGAAGCAUUGGAUCAUCCAUGGUUGAACGAUGAAAAAUUGAAAAAUGAACCACUAUCAGCUGACACAUUGAGAGAAUUCAAAUAUCAACACAAAUGGCUGGAACGACGCGUCUUCGUUCAACAGACACCGUCUGAGCAGAUUCUUGAAGCAAUUCUUGGUCCUGCGACGGCAAGAGCACAACAAAAUGCUCCUGUAGCACCGGAAGGAAGACGUCCCGCCGAAAUUUACGAUUAUCUUCGAAUUCAACCAAAGAAACCACCUCCGGUUGUUGAAUACGUUCCGAAACCAAGAAAAGAGCAUCCGCCAUUUAUUGACGAGUUUGGACAGUUGAUUGACGGAGAAGCAUUCGACGAAGGAUCUGGAUUUGAAGAUCAUCAGAGGCGGCCACCACCAAUUCCUCCUCAACCACAAAGGCCGAAUCAACCAUCUCACGAUUCGAGAAGAUUUGAACAACCGGGACAUCCACAAAGAAUUCCAGUUGAAAAUAAAUACGGCCGACCGAUCGAUCCACGUUACCUAAACGAUCCAUCACACCGCCCAUCUUCUCUUGACGACGCUCCGUUCUACGUCGACGAAUACGGCAACCCAAUCCAUUUGGACGAAUUCGGAAGACCAAUGGCUCCUCAAACAUUGGAGAAACGUAAACUGAUUCCACAAGACAAGGGAGAAACACCAUCUCGAUCGAAAAAAGAGAAGACUGGAACGCCAGUUUCCACUCCAAUUCUAGAACCAGCGAACAACGAAAAUCAACAACAGCAACAACCCCAGAAAGUUCCGAUAAGAAUGAUCAGAGGAGAAAGAAGAGAAAUUGAAGAGGAAAUUGCCAACAGAAUUCUAUCUGAUAUUUCUGAAGAAGGAUCGAUUGCCGGAUCUCUUGCCAGUCUGGAGGACUUUGAGAUUCCCAAGGACUUCCAAGUCGAGGCAUCAGAACCAUCCACACCAACUCUCACUCCAGAAGUCACGAUCAGAGAAACUAUCCCGAAACCAACACCAUCCCCCUCCACACCUCAGAAAUCUCCAGUUCCUCCACAAGAGGGUACUGUAAUCCCCCCAAAAGUAACAUACCCUGACACAGUUCUUGCUGGACUCCCAGAAGCAGAUAAAAAGUUGGUAAAUCGAAGGAGCGUAUUGAGUUGUAGAAAGAGGAUAAAGAGUAACUUAUUGGAUGGAAAAAACGGGUGGGAUACUGGGAAAAAGAAGGAGAGAAACGAGCACUGUCUUACUUUUUUUCCCACUUGCGUAGGUGGUGAAAUUCACUAUUUUUAUCGAUUUUAUUAUUUUUUGUAUUUUUUUGGAAAAUUGAUCCUUGAAAAAAAAGUUCAGAAUAGAUUUUGUAGAACAUAUCAUCAAACAAACUGCAAAGUGUCACUUAACUUUUUUCACUCUCAACCAAAAUACUUGUUCUCAGUUUUGUUCCUCGUUCUUUUUUCUCGUUAUCUCUGCCUAAAACUUUUCUGUUAUCUUCUAAAACCUGCAGAAAUGAACUCACUAAACGAAUUGGCUCGUCCUGUGAGCCCAUCCCGUCCAACAACAAUGCACAUAUCACCAUCUCUUCGUACAAACGGAGCCAUCAUUGCUCCCGGUGUUAAGAUAUCUUGCAUUGAUCGUAAAAUAGAACAAAAACUACAAAACACCAUCCUUGAAGACGCUGAGAACGAUCCAUCGAUCCCUGUUGGCGCUCCACUGUUCCUCGAAGGACUUCACGGUGCAGAUUUGACGGUCGACACAACUUCAGCUUCUGGACUCAUCAAAGUCACGUCUCCAGCUGUUACUCUUAGUCCAAAUCCAAAAUCUCCACGUCGGUCGACUCCUGGAACAAAGAGUCCAGUGAUGCUCAGCCCACGUCAAGAGCAUUCAAUGGAAGUUCUGAUUGCCACAAAGAGAGGCAAACCUGGAUUCUUGCCACCUGGAGAACUUGCCGAAGAUAUUGAUGAUGAGGAUGCAUUCAUGGAUGAUAGAAAGAAACAAGUGAAACCAAAGGAUCAUGAUGGAGAGGAUGAUUUCAAAGAUGAGAAAGAUCGACUUGAAAAGGAUAAGAAUAGAAGAGCAGUCAAUUUGGAUGAUCUUGAUAAAUUCCGUCCUGGAGCAUUCUAUAAAGAGGAUAAUGACUUCGGACAUCCCGGAUAUGAUAUCGAUGAUUCUCCAUGGGAUUCUCACUAUCAGAUUGGACCAGACACUUACCUCAUGGCUGCUCGUGGAGCUGCAUUCAAUUCUCGUGUCCGUAAUUAUCGUGAAGAGCUCUUCGGUGUUGGAGCUCCGACAGUCAAACAAGGCUUCCUUGGAGUCCGUAAUCGUGACAUUACUGUUCGUGAACGUCGUCGCUACACGGACAUUCUUCGCGAAUCCACACAAGGACUUGAACCAAAAUCCCAUGAACAUUCCACCGCUCUUCUUCAAAAGGCUCCAUCUGCAACAGCCAUUGAGAGAAUCAAGGCUGAUAUUGAGAAGGUCACUCCAAGCGCAACGAAGAAAAAUGAUGAUGGAACAUUUGCCCCAAUUUUCACUUCCCGUCUUCGCGAUGUUUAUCUUCGUAAAAACCAAUCAGCCAUUUUUGAAUGCUCAGUUGCUUCUAGUCCAGCACCAAAAGUAACAUGGGACUUCCAAGGAAAGAUUCUGGAAUCAAAUGAUAGAAUCCAGAUUGAACAAGCAAACAACAUCGCCCGGCUUAUUAUCAGCAACGUUGCUCCUUAUGAUCUUGGAGAAUAUGUGUGCUCAGCCACAAAUGAAUAUGGAGCAGAUAAAACAAGUUGUCGCAUGAUCAGUGGAGAAACUCCAUCACGUCCAUCUAGACCAGAAGCUGAACUUUCUUCUGACACUGAGAUUUUCCUUCAAUGGGAGGCGCCAGAAGGACCAACCUAUCUCGAAGGAAUCACCUACAGAUUGGAAUAUCGUGUUGCCGGACCAAACGAUCACGGUGCCCCGUGGAUCACUAUUUCCGAGAAAAUCGAUGAUGAAUCUGUAGUUGUUAGACAUCUCUCUCCAUUUGGAAUCUAUCAAUUCCGAGUUACUGCUCAAAAUGGAUUCGGUCUUGGACUUCCUUCACUUAGCAGCAGAAUUGUACAAACUCAUGGAAAGGGUGCUCCGAAGCUUCAAAUCGAUGUUUUGAAAUCAGAAAUUAGAUUGAAUGUUGUUUCGAUGCCUCAAAAAUCAGCCAAUCAAUUGGGAGGAAUUUCUGAGGAAAGUGAGGAAGAUUCCGAAGCCAGAACGACCAAUGAUGACAUGAAGUCGAAUUUGCAACUUCAAACUUCAGAUCCAAUCGGAAGAUUCCAGAUUGGUGGCCUCAAGUUCAAGGGACGCUUCUCUAUUAUCCGUGAUGCUGUCGACUCAACAACUGAAGGCCACGCCCACUGCGCCGUCAAGAUUCGUCACCCAUCUUCUGAUGCCAUUUCUGAAUAUGAAUCUCUCCGUGAUGGACAGCAUGAGAAUGUGCAACGAUUGAUCGCUGCGUACAACUUCAACAAUUUCUUGUAUCUUUUCUCCGAAAGACUCUACGAAGACGUCUUUUCUCGGUUCGUCUUCAAUGAUUAUUAUACAGAAGAACAGGUGGCGAUGACAAUGAGACAAGUCACUUCUGCUCUUCAUUUCUUGCACUUCAGAGGAAUCGCCCAUCUUGAUGUCAAUCCGCAUAACAUUAUGUUCCAAUCAAAGCGUAGCUGGAUUGUUAAGUUGAUUGAUUUUGGAAGAGCACAAAAAGUUUCAUCUGCUGUGAAGCCAGUCGACUUUGAUACUAAGUGGGCCUCUCCUGAAUUCCACAUUCCAGAAACUCCAGUCACUGUUCAAAGUGACAUGUGGGGAAUGGGAGUGGUUACUUUCUGUCUACUGGCCGGAUUCCAUCCAUUCACUUCUGAAUACGACCGAGAAGAGGAGAUUAAGGACAAUGUGAUCAAUGUGAAAUGUGAUCCAAAUCUCAUUCCAGUCAACGCUUCACAGGAAUGUCUUUCAUUUGCCACGUGGGCACUCAAAAAGUCUCCCGUUCGACGAAUGAGAACUGACGAAGCUCUUUCGCAUAAAUUCUUAUCUUCAGAUCCAUCAAUGGUUAGAAGGAGAGAAUCCAUCAAAUAUUCUGCUUCGAGACUCCGAAAACUCGCUGCAAUGACCCGCCAACACCAAUCCACACGGCCAAUCAGCGACGAGCUCGAGUCAAAAUAUGGAAACUAA